AUAGAGCUAUGGUUUAUUGUCUGAUUUGUUUUUAGAGCCGUUUCCAGUACCUAAGUAAGUUUUAAAGGUUCACAUGAACUAAAACUUCUUAUUCGUCUGACAGCCCGGCAGCCCUGGGACUUUAGCGGAUGUUCAAAUGCUGUUUGUACAACUUGGCUGGUCAAGCAACUACUAACGAACUUUGACAUCGUGACACGUGUGACAAGGCGCCGCGGCUGCAUGCAGAUUACGCAUGAUCAGUGCGAGCUCGUUUGGCAUAUCCGCAUGCAAGUGCCGAGCUCCGCGGCGCGGCGGCGAGGCCGGCGGCCUGGCCUGGCCGGCGAACUAUAGUUUAUUACUAUAGCCAGGCCAGGCGUAGGUCGUACGUGCGUGCGUGACUUCGACAGUUUGACUGUUGUACCGGUACAAUUCCAGGCUACUCAAGCUCAACUCUCAUUAAAAUGGCUGCUCCACUGCGUGUGCUUGUAACUGGUGCUGCUGGACAGAUUGCAUAUUCCCUUCUCUAUUCCAUUGGCAAGGGAGAUGUCUUUGGACCAGAGCAGACUUUGGAACUCGUCCUGUUGGAUAUCCCACAAAUGAUGACAGUUUUAGGUGGGGUUGUCAUGGAACUCCAAGAUUGUUCUCUACCUCUUGUCCAGAAGAUUACUGAAACUAGUGAUGCGAAAGAGGCAUUUACUGAUGUUGAUUUUGCUGUCCUCGUGGGAGCCAUGCCCCGUAGGGAGGGUAUGGAACGUUCUGAUCUUCUCAAGGCCAAUGUCAAGAUAUUUGAAUCCCAGGGAAAAGCUAUCGAUCAGUUUGCUAAGAAAACAGUCAAGGUACUGGUUGUUGGAAACCCAGCCAACACCAAUUGUUUGGUCUGCAUGAAGUGUGCUCCAUCUAUACCUCAAGAAAACUUUACUUGUAUGACAAGACUGGAUCAAAACAGGGCCCAGGCUCAGAUUGCCAGUCGUUUGAGUGUUGCUUGCAAUGCUGUUAAGAAAGUUACCAUCUGGGGUAACCACUCCAGUACUCAAUUCCCUGAUGCUGCUCAUGCUGUUGUAGACAUUGAUAGCCAGCAGCUUAAAGUUCCUGAAGCUGUCAAGGAUGAUGAUUGGCUCAAUGGAGAAUUCAUCAAGACUGUUCAAGUCCGUGGAGCUAGUGUUAUCAAGGCAAGGAAGCUAUCCAGUGCCAUGUCAGCUGCCAAGGCUAUCUGUGAUCACUUGAAAGACUGGCAUUUUGGCACUUCUGAGGGUUCUUGGGUAUCCAUGGGAGUAUACAGUGAUAAUAAUCAGUACGGCAUUCCACAGGGCCUCAUCUACAGUAUGCCAGUCAACAUUGGUAAAGAUGGAAGGUGGACUGUUGUCCAGGGUCUUAGCAUCUCUGACUUUGCUCGAGAGAAGAUGGACCUGACUGCCAAAGAGCUUCUUGAUGAGAAGGAAGUUGCUUUCCAAUUUAUCCAACAAUGACCGACUGCUCGUGGAAUGAGUACAGACAAGUCUCGUCUCUGAGACUCUGUUUAGUCUAUUUCUAUGGAGAAAAUUAAAUGGAAACAAAUGUUAAGCAUAUACUAUAUGAUUGAUAUAAAACUAUUCACCUGUUUGGUGUGGAUUACUAUUGUAGCUUUCUUUAUUUGACCAUUUGAAUGUGCAGCUAAUAACUGUUCAUCCCAAUAAAACAUGUUGGUUGGCCAGUUGAACUGGUAUAUAUAUAAUCUUUGAAUUUAAUAUCAAUUUUCUGCCAGUUUGAAAUAUUGCUACCCAUGGUACUUUUGCAUCAAGACUUAUUGUGGCAUUGGAGUUGUGAUGUUUGGUUUGCCUACAAAUUCUGUAUUUUGUUUUGAUAUGUUUCUCUUUUUUUCCACACUUUUAUUAUAUUAUAGUGCCCUAUUUGAUAGGUUCUGUAUUUAAAUCUGAUAUCUUAUUUGAAUUAUUCUUUUUAAAAUUAAAGUGAUUUCAUUUGUAUUGACUCUCCUUUUAAAGUACUCUUUCCACGGCUUCGAAGCUAUACUUCAUAUUUUAGACGCCAAUGUUAUACUAAGAUGAGUAUCCCACUGCUUUCCUGAUUAAAUAUGGUAGCCAAUCUUCAGUGACCUAUUUUUGUUUAUUAAAGGUGAUACAAUCCUAUCUUUAAAUAUUAGGGGCCUUAGGUGUGACUGUUGCAACUAUUCUGAACAUUUCAAAAUAAGACAUAUGUAUAAUCCUUGUACAGUCUUGAAUUAGUGAUCCAUGAAUUAUUAAAAAAAAAUAUGUUGUUUUGACUCACCAAAUAGAAAACUAUACUUAUGAAGUUAUAAACCUGUAUAUUUCAUAUAUUUUUUUCUGUAUUAAUGAUUAAAGCUUUUUAUCUUUGACCAAAUUGAAAAUUGCUUCUAAGAAACAACAAUUAUUGUGCAACUAAGUUGCAGAACUACUGAUGAAAAGAAAUAGUGAGAUGAAUUUUUUUCCUAAUGUCUCUGGUACCCUGUGAUAUUGUGUUUUGUGCUUCAAUUAUGUACUGCUUCUACUGAAGGCAUCUUGUUUGAUGUGAUUAGUAGCCGAUCAAUAAAGUGAUAAAACCGAUA